AUGGCGGACAAGUUGCUGCGAAAACUCUUCGUCGCAAACUUCACUUAUUCUCGAAAAUUUGCGCUCAGAAAUACUGUCAGAAGGCUACUUGCUACUAGAGCAAAUGCUUGUUCUAGCACGGAUGGUAAUGUAUCAUUUGUUACUAAGGAUUGUACGCUAGAAGAACUAGAAAAGCUGCAGGAUUUGGUGUCUGGAAAUUUAGAAGUUUGUGAAGAUUUUAUCAGUGCAGAGGAAGAGAAUUUACUUCUCAAGGAAAUAGAGCCGUACUUGAAGCGGCAGAAAUAUCAGUACGACCAUUGGGACGGGGCAAUUCAUGGCUACAGAGAAACAGAAAAAUCCCAAUGGCCUGUUGAGAUACUGAGGAUCUUCAAGAAAAUGAAGGAUACUGCAUUUAGCCCAGGAACCAAGCUUCUACCAAGAGUUCAUGGGCUAGACUUGGCACCAAAUGGAUACAUAAAACCUCACAUUGACAGUGUCAAAUUCUGUGGCUCAACAAUAGCUGGUCUCAGCCUGCUUUCAUCAUCAGUGAUGAGAUUUGUACACAAGGAGCACAACACUGUUAUGGUGGACACACUUCUUCCUGCGCGCUCAAUGUACAUCAUCAGGAAUGCUGUCAGAUAUGAGUUCACCCACGAGGUGUUAUCAGAUGAGAUGUCAUACUGGCGUGGAGAGCACAUCUUGAGAGACAGACGCAUAUCAGUGAUACUACGGAACCAGCCUGAAUGAUCAAUAUAUAUUUACACCUAUUUCAAAUAACGUUGUCAGUGCAAAUUGCAAAUGGCGAUUGUCAAAUGGCAGUUCUCCCAUAAAAAAACCGUGGAACUCUACUAAAUGUACGAAAAUGUGGAUAAUUUAUUACUUAUCAUGUUUAUUCUUACAAAUAAUUAUACCUAUAAGCAGUGAUUGGUCUUAGAACUGCUAUUUGCCAAUUGGCAUUCGCCAUUAGCACUGACAACGUUUACUGAAAUAGAUGUAUGUAGUUUAUUUAAUAGGAUAAUUUAGAAUUUACAAAAACACUGUAUAAAGUUAAUGAGUAAAAGAGUCAAACGGACAAGGAUAAUGGACUUGUCCCAAAUGACAUGCCUUAUUUUCCGUGUAUUAACCCAUUAACUCCUGACUACUUUUGAGUAAAAUAGAGAUAAUCCGAGUGAAACAAGAGACCUUCCCUCUAUUUUAAGUUUCAUACUAUCAGUCAAGUUCCAGUACACGGCGUGUCACAUGCCUGGUCUGACGGCUUAUUUAUAUACGUAGAUAGAUAUAUUAUAUCUUGUUUUGUGAAAAAAGUUUCUGAGCUUUA